UUCAGCAAUCCACAUCACGGUGUCGGUCCAGCUACCGACACUACAAUUAUUGGCGACGAGGGAAAAGGACCUUUUUCUGAUUGCUUACAUUUAUUUCUGAUUGCUUACAUUUAAUUGUGUCAUGGCUUCGCCACAAUCUCCAGAUGUACUGUCCGAAUUUUAUCGCUUGCAGACUCAGCAGACGCAGGCGUUACUGGAUGCCCUUGGACAGCUCGUCCAGGGUCAACGUACCAUUCAACCCGAUGCGGCCGCCGCCGCUUCUUCGCUACCGCUGCCACUGAACGCUGUUGCACCUCCCUUUCGACCAUACGUGGCAGCCGAUGAGACCUGGCAAGAGUGGUCUCGUCAGUUCGCCUUUCACAUGGCUGCCUACAGAAUUCAAGCGACGGUGCCGUCCGGUCAGCGCCCUGGGGACCCAUCUACUGGCUCGCCUCAUCCCCAGGUGUUACCGACGAUGCCUUCCAUUUUGCCCCAUGGCGACGCGCCGCCGCCGCCGCAGCAGCAGCAGCAGCAGCAGCCGCCGCCGCCGCCGCCCGCAUUCGACGCUUCGUUGCAGCCGCCAAGCGCCUCCCAGGGUCACGCGCCGCCGAUCGCUUCCCGUGACCAGCUGUCCUCCGCCAUGGAACGCCCGCCCGCUCCGGACCACAUGACGUCAUCGCGCGUCGGCUACCCCGACGCCAUGGACGUCGACCCUUCAGGACCUCCUGUCUCUUUACGGGCGCAUACACCGCAUGUUGACGUGCACCCUGGACUAGUUUUGCAGGCGUUUCCUAGCUCCCCUCGGACCGGAUGGCCGGGUGCGGGUGGCACAGCCUCGCCUGUUGUUAGGCUCCCCACCUCAUCGCAUACGUCAACAUGUGGUCCUCCCCACGGCGGGCGGAAGCCUUAUCUCACGACCGUUCGCCGAUUUGCGGGGGAGGAAUGUGGUGUCACCGCCAGACACCACACUUGCUAGGUGGUAGUUUAAAUCGGCCGCGGUCCAUGUAGUACAUGUCGGACCCGCGUGUCGCCACUGUGAUCGCAGACCUAGCGCCACCACCAAGGCAGGUCUCGUGAUACGAUAGUGGACUCGCCCCAGUUGUACGAGAACCAAGCUACCCCCAGUUGUACGCGAACCUAGCUAUCGCCCAGUUGUACGAAGCCUUUCUCUCUCAUUAGCCGAGAGACAGAAUAGCCAUCAGAAGUUAAUGGCUACGAACUAGCAAGGAGCCAUUUGUAUCAGUGCCUAUAGCUUACGAGUAUUCAAGAGAGAUGUAUUCCAAGGAAUAAAUAAAAGUUAAGUAAAAAGCA